AUGUCGAGUGGUAAACCUUGGAGCCCGCAGGAGAAGCUUGAAUUCCUCCUUCAGGUCAUUGACCGUGUGCAUCCGUCUGGCAAGGGUAUUCCCUUUGCCGAGCUUAAAAUGCCCGGCCGUACAAUCAGAAGCCUCCAGAACACUUGGACAAACCUCCGUGCUGAGGCAGCUGCCUACCGCAAUGGUAAUAAGAACGACAAUGACAGCGGCCAGGAAGCUGAGGCCGCUGCUACCACCAACGGUAGUCAUGGCAAAAAGAAGACAUCUACUAAGCUGACCAAAUCUCCCCGCCGUGGUUCCCGUCAGAGAACUCAGAAGAGAACCUACUCCGAUUGGGUUAGUGACGAUGAGGAGGAUAAGGUCUCUAUCAAGAAAGCUCGUCUUUCGUCUGACGACGAGAAAGAGGGAGAAGACUCUAAUGUAGACGCUGUCGCCGUUACCAAGAGCAGACCUGUCCGUUCCACUAGGGGUGCUAAGAAUGGAGAACCGAAGGUCAAGCUCGAGGAACCUGUGGAUGACGACGAUGUCCAAGAUGAAGGUGAGGCAUGA